AUGGCUGCUGCCAAUACAAAUGCUUCAUCUGGUGCCGGAGCCACUGCUGCUCCAAAGAAGACUCAGGUCAAGAAGAAUGCCGACAACAUCAACUCUCGUCUUUCCAUGGUAAUGAAGACCGGAAAGUACGUUUUGGGAUACAAGGAAACCUUGAAGACCCUCCGCAACGGAAAGGCUAAGCUUAUCCUCAUUGCCAACAAUACCCCUCCACUUAGAAAGUCUGAGAUUGAAUAUUACGCCAUGUUGGCCAAGACAGGAGUUCAUCAUUACAACGGAAACAAUAUUGAACUUGGAACCGCUUGUGGACGUCUUUACCGUGUGUGCUCUUUGGCCGUCACCGAUCCAGGAGAUUCCGAUAUCAUCCGCAGUGUCCCAACCGAGUCUGCUUAA